AUGGCCGAGAGCACAAGCUCGAGCAAGACGAGCUCGACCAACGGCCACUUGUCGGCUUGGCAACGUCAGAACGACACGCAACAGUCCACUGAGCAGGUGGAACAAGCAACGGAAGAGGUAGCUGCUGUUGCCAGUCCGGACACUGUCACACAAGCGCAUCAUCCCCUUUCGGAGAGACCGGCCGCGAUGAGUGGUGCAGGAAAUGACAGCCCCGCGACGAUAUCCGACGUAUCGUCUUCGUCGGACGCGGCAGCUGAGGCGUUAUCGAAUGGGGCACGCGAACCAGCCGGCAUCAACAUGCAGCAACCCUCCUCCUACGCGGUCGGCAGCUCGAGCAACAACGGCAAUGUAGACGACUCGAGCUACGCAUCGCCCAGCGCACCACCUUCAGCGUCAGCGUCGCCGAGCAAGAGUGGCGCUACCGUCUUGAUGGCAUCGCGCAAACAAAACUCCGCCUGCGAUGCGUGUCGAAGUCGCAAGGUUCGCUGCAACAGAGACCCUGGCGAGGCCAAGUGCAACCAUUGCAAGGCUAAGAACAUCGACUGUACUACGCUCUACGUGCAGUGGGCUACCUCGUCGGCCAAGCGUCCCACCAAGCGCCCCAGAACAUCGCUACCCUUUCCCCCCGAGGAGAAGAAGGAGGCACCCAAGCCGCCAGAAGUCAUCGAUGCUGCUGUGCAGGUGCAAGACCGGUUGCUGAACGCGCUCUUCCAAAGAGACACAGACUACGCACCAGCCGACAACCAAGUCUACAUUUACCAAAGCUUGCCCUGCAAUGCACCAUUAUCGGCCAGCGGCUACACGACCCGCAGCCUCGUACCUUCGUCGUACCUUCCCGGUCCCAAGCCCGCGGCGACGACUGGCGCUGAGUUGCAUUUGCUCGAUCGACAGCGUCGGGAGGACUUUGUCAACGAUCUGGUCGAGACCUACUUCUCGGUGGUGCAUGCGAGGUUACCGCUUCUCAACCCUCAGACGUUCCGCAAAAGGUACUACGAACGCAGUCCCGAGCUUGGAGGCCCGCCGUCAGAUAUCAUCCUCGCCUUGGUAAUCGCUUGGGGUGCCAAAUUCAGCGAGAACCCGCUCAUCGCUCAGGACCGGGACGACAGCGCACAAGAGCUGCGCAAGGCGUGGAAUCAGGCUCAGACGGCAAUCGCGAGAGGCGAAACGGAGAAGGCCAACCAGAUCACGGGUUUCAAAGGCGGUGUUGAGCAACCAAUCCUCACCGUACCGGAAGAGCUGAGGGAGCAGGGACGCAAUCGGAUCGCUGACCAUCUCACCUGGCGAGCUCAGGAUGUGAUGGAUCGCCUGCGCGUCGCCAGGGUGGCCACGCUCGAGAACGCGCAGGCAUGCUUCUUGAUGGAGCCGCUGCUUCUCCAUCCCUCGGUGUACUUCAACGGCAACCUCAACAUCGCUGGCGAUCCGGUACCCGCCAAGCAUCGCGCUUUGCUCGCCUACACAAACGGACAUUGGUAUGUGAUCGCCAUCAAGCACAUGCUUGACCUCGGCAUCCACUGCAAGGAAAAGGUGAUGACCAUCAAGGACCCUGGGUUGCGCGGCGAGACGCUCUUCACGUGGUGGAUGGCCUGUAUGGCCGAUUCGGCGUCUGCAAUGUUCUUCCAGCGUCGCUGUCUCAUCUCUGACGACGACUACAACAGCGAUCCACCUGCUGGAGAUGCGGAGAACAAGAACGAGGCGCCGCAUCCGCUCGGCAGCAUCGAUUCGUACUUGGCCUUUUUUGGUUCUGCACACGAUGCGGUCGUGUUCCAGCGCAAACUCGCUGCCUUGUACUUUGCGCCGCGCAGCCACAUUGAAGGUGUGGCGCUGGACAAGGUCGCCGAGAUUGUCGAAUCGCUUAAAAAGUGGCGCGAGGACCAUCUCGAAAAGGUGGGCGUUCCCUUGCCGCACUGGCCGCCGCAUUGGGACUACAUUGCUGCGGUGAGCGCCUGCACCAGCGAUAUUAACUACCAUGCCAACUGGAUCGUGUUGUGGCGUCUUGUCGACGAGAUGGGCAUCUACGGCACGGAUCGAUCCGAUGCUACCUCGCCAAUUCACCAAGAUCGACUUAAACGACGUCUCGACUCGGACCAAGAUGUGCCGAGGGACGGCGUUCCUGAUGCGGAACAAAUGCAGCUCAUUCUCAAUACCAUCCAAGAGGAAGCGCUCAACAGUGCUCUUCGUAUCGCUGGACUAACCGAGAUCCUCCGUAGCAACUCGUAUCUCCGUCUGGACCCCUGCAACUCCCUGCAGAGUCUCGAGCAAGCCGCGCAUCUGCUCAUCCGGUUCCAACGCACUGAAGUGGACAUCAUCGUCGCCGGUUUCCGACAGUACGGUCUCUCCUACGAAGACUGCUUCGACAAAGCGGACAUCAUGGAAGACCUUGCAGCAGCGUACAACGAACGUGCUCGGCAGGAUCCGAACUUUGUACCUGGAUCCGCGUUGGGUUUGGCGCUGGAACGAGACGCGGCAGGGGUCGGAUCGAACGGGAUUCCGGGACUGGCGAUCGCGGCAGCUGCACUGUCGAAUGCCGCUGCCUCGGCGAACGAUGCGGGCGCAGGUUUUGCGUUUGAACAGCAACAGCCGGGAUCAAGCGCGGAUGUGAAGGAUGUCAACGAGGCCAACUUUGAUAGCAUGUUCGCUGCGACGGCAGAUGAUCAGAAUGCGGGAGGUGGGGGAUUUGCGGAAGUUGCGACUGAGGCUACGGAUUGA